GGAGGAUGAUAAGUGCUGCUGGUGCACUUCCAGAGCGGGAUUUUGUGGCCGAGGUGACCAGCCUCUUCACGGAGGACCCAGACAUUGAUGAAAUCGGGAUUAUCCACUUGGACGACGACCACGACACGUUUGUGCUGGACGAGCACAAGCUGGGCAUUGCCAUGAGCAAGAUCCCUGCAAUCCACCGGCAAGCCAAGACUUCGUUCUUCCACGCCAACAAAUUCAAUGAUGUCGAUGGCAUUUUGAAAGCAUCCCGGUGCAUGUUGCUCGUCUGCGCCGACUUCUACACGGCAUGGAAUGCAAGGAAAACCCUCAUUUCCCAAGGCAUCGUGACGGAAGAGGCUGAAAUGAAAUUCUCGAGGCUCAUUUUAACCCAUCAUGCCAAGAGCAUUGACACGUGGGCCCACCGUCGUUGGGUUCUUCAACGUCUCGUUCCACGGCUUGAAGGCGACAACCUCGCACCGUUCCUUGCGCGUGAACUCUCGUUGUGUGCAAAAUUGUGUGAAGAAUUUCCUCGCAACUACUUUGCGUGGUCGUAUCGGUACUGCAUUUGCACAAAACUACCGCUUCCGCUGCUCCUCACGGAAUUCCACGACACAUCGAGGACCUGGUGCCAGCGCCAUUUGUCGGACAGCUCAGCAUGGAAUCUUCGACUUCUCGUGUUGCUGCUUCUGCUGCCCCGUGUUGCUCAGCCACUGGCCGUCGUUGCAGACGAACUUGCUGCCCAUUCACGUCUACAAACGAUGUACCCUGACCGAGACGCCUUGUGGUGCCAUCGUCGUGCCUUGCUGAAAAUCGCAGCGUCGCAACUCUCAAUCAGAUCACCUGCCGUUUGGAGCACCGACACCACGCUCCCAAACUUCGAGUGGACAUCCGCGACGGCAGUAGAUGCCUUCAUUCGGCGCGAAGUGCAGUUUAGUGCUGACGUCGGCACAGCCGGUGCAUUGAGAUAUGCACUGUUUGGUCUCGACUGGAUUCUUAAGCGAGAGGACCGGCACACCCUUCCGCCUCGAGUCACCGAAUGGCAUGCCGAGACUUGCCGUCGGCUGUCGAUCGCCGACGCGAUUCGGGCACAGUUUUGGCUCGGUCGACUCACUUCAGACCAACGCAGUGCCGAAUCUACCACGCCAUGAAUAUUGGAGCCUUGUGCAGGGUUGUCGUCGUCUAGGUCGUUGGGGAAUCGUCGCGCACGCAAAGAAACGCUCUUGCGCAUUCCAUCUCGAUGCUGAGAGUUGUUCAAUCGAGUCGAUGCCGACGUCGAAAUGAAAGCGUGCGGAAAUAUACGUCUGUUUCAGCACUGUCAAAGUGCGUUUUCAGGAGCAUCGAAGUACAGGACGACAGCAACAUGGCUCGAGUGCCGCUGGCAGCUGGCCAGGAUAUCGAGACUAUCCCUGCUCUACGACCAUUGCAGCAUUCACCGA